GGAAAAAUAUAUUUAUGUAUUGUCGUUAUUUUAAUUUAUUAUGAUAAUUGUUAAAUUAAUUGUAUUCGUUUGUUGUUUCAAUGGUUUUAGUGCGAUUCCUACCGACUACUGUGAAAUAUGUCUCAAUCAUACGCUUUGCAAAUUCAAGACACCUGGACCUGGUCCGUCGUGUACGGCUUACGACCAGUCGGCACUACUAACAAAUCAAGAUAAAUUUGAAUUAAUUAACAAUAUAAAUGAAAAGAGAAACUUCGUUGCUAUGGGACACUCAAAAAUACUUCCACUCGCUGCCAAUAUGAAGAAAAUUUACUGGUCAAAUGAACUGGCGACUGCAGCCCAACGCUGGGCUGACCAAUGCGAUCCAUCUCUGUACCCGGACAAAGAAGAUCAGUGUCGAGAUUUAGAUAAUGUGAAAGUCGGUCAGAACAUUGCCAGUAUCUUGGGUCCCUCUCCAGGACUCAGUGUUAAGAGUUUCGUCGAGAUGUGGUUCAUGCAAGUCUUAGAGUAUAUUGGAAGUGUUGCAUUUUAUAAUGAAUCUCAGGACUACAAAACAAAUUAUUUAACACAACUAUUAUGGGCUAAUACAGAAUAUGUCGGAUGUGGAAAAUCGAAAUUCUAUGUACAUGAAAGAAAUACCAUAGUAGAAAGGUUAGUUUGCAACUUCGCACCAAAGGGGAACGCGCAUGGAAGGCCGGUAUAUUCUAUAGGGUACCCUGGAACUCAAUGCAGAAAUAAUAUGAAACCCGAUGACAACUAUCACGGACUGUGUGCUCACAAAAAUGAUUUUACCAAAUUAAUGAGCCAAAAUCAUCACCCGAUGAACAGUUUACUCAGGAUCCUCAACUUAUCAAACGACUCUGUGAAGCAAGAAAUAGAUCCUAUCCGCAAUAUCCUAAAACAAAACAUUGUAAAUAGUAAUUCUAGCAACAUGCAGAGAAAUCAGAAAACAAGGCACAUCGUGGCUAACAAAACGAAUGUUUCAGGUGGCAUGAAACGCGUACCACACAUGCGCAAACAACUAUUCAGAAAUAAUAAUUUAAUGAAUAUAUCAGAAAAUAACAACGAAUAUCAUUACCAGUACGAUCGUGGACACUCUCAUAUUUAUCACGGACACGAAGCACCACAACAUAACUAUGAGAGUACAACACCAAUGAAUACCAACCCAAAUUAUAGAAGAUAUGAUUAUACAACUGAACCUACAAACUCAUACUCUAGCACAAAUUAUAGAAAAUUUAAUCAAUUCGGUCAAUGUACCCGCAGAAUGAGAUUGAAUCCGGAUAAUUGUGGAUCCCACCAAUGCACAAAAGCACCAAAUGAAUGCUGUCAAACCAUGUGUCCAUCGAGCUGUACCGAAGUAUCGUGUUCUCAAUUCAUGGAAGAGCCACCAUGUCCACAUCCAUAUUUUCCUCUAUCUCCUGAGCCAUGCCCGUUGAUGCAACAGACAUGCCCCACGCCAGCAAUUACUAAUUGCAACUACCAUACAAAUUGUCCAUGCAGUACUCCCUGUUCUACAACUGCAAGAUCGUGCUGUCUUACGAGCAUAUGUCCAGGUAUACGUAAACAAAACGAUGAAUUUGAUGCUAUCAAAACACCUAGUACAUACCAAUAUUAUGACUUGAUUCCUAAUGUUGUAAUGCGGAGCGGAAAUCACAAAAUGCCGUUAGAAGUUUUAUCUCCAAAGACCAAGACGCAUGAGGUAGAAAAAAAUAAGAAAAUACCGAAACACAAAGAUUCUGAUCUCAUACAUAAGACUUUCACUGAAUUCCCAAAAUAUAAUUUACAAGGUGACGACUACAUUUACCACUCGUUUGGUUUGCGAAAACGACGUCAAUUGAACAAACAUGUAUCUGUGAAACCUUUUUGGCAAAUUGAAAACCCUGGAUCGAAACUUUUACGAUUUACAACAUUACCGAGUAAUCUUAAGACAAAAAAAAGUACUAAACCAGCGAGACUAAUGACUACUACAGAACCAAUAACAGUUUCAUUUAAGCAUGACGCUUCUCAUCAACUUACGCACAACAAAACAGAAAAAUAUUUAUCCUUUGAUGAACUAAUGCAUCUCAGAAAACUUAACCCAAAAUUAGGCCGGAAUAACUCUAACCUAAAAUUAAGCCAGAAUAACUUUAGGCGUGAAGGCGACGAGCCUGACUCGAGUACGCCAACUGUAUUUACUUCGAACACUAAGUUUGUUAAGGUAAAACAUUGCACUCGAAAAUUGACAUGUACAUGGACAGCAUUUACUGGAACUGCAGCUGAUGGAGAAACAAACUUUGGACAAGUAGAUGUCGGUAAACGGACGCUUCCUGGAUAUGUCGAGGGAUGUACGCAAACCUUUACAUGCACUCGUGAAUUCUGGGAUCGUAACAAAGGAAGAACAUCACCAAUAACUGAUGCUUAUGAGACUACUGAUGAUUCAAAUGCGGCCAGACCUGAUGAUGGAGAUUAUUGUGAGCGUCGAUCAUUAAAUGUUCAAAGAAGAAAUUCUGAUACAAAAAAACAAAUUCCGAAUGUAGUUAGAUACUUUCCUUAUACGAACAUCCCCUUUGUGAAUAUUAACACAGAAAUCAACUUAUCUUUGAAAGGUAGUGAUACAACAGAAAGUAUUUUGGAAAGACAUGAAUGCGAUUGUAAUAACAAUUACGGUAGAAGAAAGAGAGAGGGGGCUCAAUAUUUAAGAGGCUAUGACGAAAAAAAUACAGGAAUGUCCGUAUCUUACAGCGAUAUUUACCAUUCAAUAUUAAAUAGGAUUUUCAGAUCAAACCAAAUAAAUAAAUUACGUGAUGAAUGUCUGUGCAACGAAGCAAAAAAAUCUACCCCAACUAUGUUCUACAAAAUAAUUAUUUUCCAGUUAGUUUUAGACCAAAUUGUAUUCAAAAUUAUAACAUAAAUAUGUAGAUUGACAA